GUCAUGUGACUGGAAAGAUGCCUGCUGGGGUCAGCGCUUCUACUCUGUCCGCUGUUUAUUUAUUUUAUAUAUUUCUCAUUCUCUCCGGUGUCUACGUCUAUUCUCAGCAGAGCGAGCCGCAGUUUUGUCGGUUGUGUGAUGGAGUGGUGCAGAGCGGCAGUGCUGUGUGGAGCGCGUGCCUCUCAGCAGGCCGAAUAGAAGGGCGAUGCUGCAUUAGGAACAGCAGCAGCAGCAGCAGCGCUGAUGAUAAUGGUGAUGAUGAGGACAGCAUUUUCGGGUUGGAUUUCUCAAACUGUUCUCUGAGUCGUUUGGAUGACCUCAGUGAGGCAUCAGCAGCAUUUAUAAUCGAUCUUUCCAACAACCCUCUUUCCAAUCUGAGUGAUUUUGUAUUUCAGGGAUUUAAUCAGUUGGGUCAUCUUAUAAUGCCCAUAAAGCUGGAGUGUCCAGGAGGCAACACAUCAUGGGAUAAAGUGGAGGUUAAAGGGAAUACUCGGCUCUGUGAAGGACAGAAGAAUGCCUGCAAUCAGACAGGAAUGUCUUGGGACUGUCCUGAGAACUCUCUCUGCAUGCCUUACGGACCAGGAUUCUUUGAGUGUACCUGUGCUCAGAACUUUCAUGGGUAUAAAUGCCUGAGAGAGGGCCAGUUUCCCAUGAUGGAGGUCAUGGCAAUAUUGGGUGGAUCCACAGUUGUCAUUUCGGCAUUAUUAUGGGUAACCCAAAGAAGAAAAGCCAAAGGCAUCUGAAUUCUGGCUUCUUGACUGUCAAAACGAUGGUAGAGAACACUGUACAAAACACAAACUGACAGAAAACUGACUGCAUUGAAUGACAAGUUUACCAUUUUAAACAUACUUUUUUUAUUUAUUUAUUUUUUUUGUAUUAUUUGAAACGGUACUUCUGAAGAUUUUUUUUUAAUAAAAAGCAGUUUUUUUACUGAGCAAUGAAUUAUGCUGGGAAGUGCAAUAGUAUUUUUUUUUAAGCCGUCCCAGAAAUAAAUGUUACAACUGACAAUUUACAAUUGGCCUUUCAAAGCUGUAUGUUGAUUAAUCUACACUGAAAAUAAGCUAUAUUCUGAUUGUGGGUUUAUACUGAACACUUAAUCAGUGUAGCCUCUGCAGUAUUGGCCAGGGGUUUGACUGCACAUAUCUAUAUAUAUUUAGUUUUGCACACAAUUACCGUAUUUGUUCAAUUAUUAUUUGUUUGCACAUGCAUACACUUAUAUUGUACUUGUUUUCUAAAAUGUACAUAUAUAAUAUAUAAUGUGUAUAAAUAAACAUGUAUAAACUAUAAUAUGUUUACAGUUCAGGGAGAGUCAUUUGAUGACCAGUGUUUAAGUACUAUCUCAAAUUUAGCAUCAGACUGUUGGUUAUAUAGUAGACAUAGUAAAGAUUUAAAAAGUAAAAAUGCAUUAAAAGACUAAUAAUCAUGUAUGCAGUGUGGUAAGCAACUACCUUUAAGUAUUGGUCCUCAUUGGUGGUAGCUGUUUACUACGUCCAUUUCAAAAUGAACUAAUCUAAAAUCAUGUAUAAAAGUAUUUUGAAAUAAAUGAUACCAAGAAUGA